UUUGGUGUAAAAACCGCGAACUCUGCUGCUGGCUGCUCGAACAACUCACUCCGUUUUUGACUUUUGAAAAUUGUGGUUGUGGUUCGUCGCAUUUUGUCAUUUUGUAUAAAAAUUAAAUUCGUACGCGCGACUUUUUUGGCGAGUGUGUAAAAAUCACAGUAAAAGUCACAGGAGACCACCUUUUUCACUGACUUACGUUUUUAAAGCAAUCCGGUUGGGUGAAAAGUUUAGAAACUGCCUGAAUCGUGAAUGUGACUCGAAGAAUCCCAUGUGCUGGCCUUUAUUUUAUUCGAGUGGGCAUUUUCCUGGAACAGCGGGAAACAUCAGCGAAUCCGUUAUUAUACUGCCGUACUUUUGGACACUUUUGGCAAGCUAUUGCUGUAUCUCUCUUUUAUACUACUGGGCAGUCUUUUCACCCUGGUAAAGUGGUUCCAGUCUCCAGUCCCCAGUCCCCAGUUUCUUGGUGAUCGUCUCUGAAAAGCUUAAAAUGUCUGAUAACUUAAACGGCUGCCCCACCAACUCAAAUGGAAAGCGCUCCGCUGGCGGAGAAUCGCCCAUUGAUGAUCAGGAUGCCGAGUAUAUCGUAGAAAAAAUAGUCGGCAAAAGCUUCCUUGACGGCCGUCCCCAAGUCCUAGUCAAGUGGCAGGGGUAUCCAAUCGAGCAGAGCACCUGGGAGCCGCUCGAGGAGAUGGACAAGUGUCUCGAUUUGGUCAGCGACUACGAGCAGCAACUGUUCUAUGAUUGCCAGGAGAAGGCGAAGAUCGAGAGGGAGCUCGUUGGAGCCUCUAAGCAGUCCGAGGGAUCCUCUGUCCAGGCCACGCAGGUGAAGAUCGUAAACGAACAGCCUGAUCCUCUUCUUCCCACCACCUCUUUUGGUGGAUCCCCUACCAAGUUCACGACGCAAGGGCUUCCACCAUUUCCUGUUCUUGUAAAGCAAGAGGAUCAGGAAUAUCCCAUGGUAUCCUUGACCCAAGAGAAGCAGCUGACUACCGUGGAGGAAGAGGAUCAGGUCUCUGUUCACCUCGUAAAGCAAGAGGAUCAGGACUACCCAACUACGUUUUCCUCUGUCCAGGAGAAACAGCAGAAUAUUGUGGAGGAAGGGGAUCAGGGGCUCCCCACCACCUCUUCGGGUCGCAAAACGGCUUGGGGAAGCAACCAGCCUUGGAAUGGCAAGAAGAAGGGAAAAUACGGAAAGAAUAAGGCAAAGUUAGCCAAGAAGUCGAAGGCAGCCUCUACCCAGCAGAAGCCGACGACUAUGGACGUUGGAAGCGAAGAGGAUGAGGACCUUAAAAAUUCAAUGCCUGUCGCGUCUGGAAAAGGAGCAAAGCCAAAGAAACUCAAAUUGGCAUCUGCCAAGGAGACCAGCGACGAAACUUUAGGAGCAGCAGCACCCUUUCCGUUGGCCCGUUGUUCCGCCAGUGCUGCAUGCUUUGAUGCAUUGAACGCCCUGCCGGACCUGGAGCAGAUGACGAUUAAGGAUCCAGAUCAGAUCAAGAUUGACCAGCUGCUCGCAGAGCUGGAUGAUCGCCUGUCUAGGCCAGCCGGAAACUUCUUUAAAUUGUCCAGGGGACGUGGAAACGGUGGACGUAAUGGACGUGGCGGGCGCAGGGCGGCAGGAAAUCCUUGGAACCAGCCGUACCAGGGUGUCUUCGGCUUGGAUCGCGGUCUUGAGAUGGAAAAAGUGGAGCAUAGCUUUAAGAUUCUAGAUUUUCACUUCUUAUUCGUCACCUGGAAGGGCUGCCCCGAAAUGGACACAGUCACUCUUCCGUCUGUCAGGUACUUGUACCCACAGCUUGUAAUCGACUACCUGGAGACCUUGAAGCGCAAACGUCGCUAAGGAGGCUUUGUGCCUGAAACUCGGAAACUAGUAUUAAGAAAAUCCAAAAAACUGCGUGAAAGUUCGAGAAAACGCACGUAGAAGAAAUGUAUUUUUUUUGGUUGUCUGUGAUGUAUUUUAUUUUAUUGACAACGAUUUCUAUAUCAUAAUCCGAGCCUAACGAUAACUCGGAAACUAGUAUUAAGAAAAUCCGAAAAGCUGCGUGAAAGUUCGAGAAAACGCACGUAGAAGAAAUGUAUUUUUUUUGGUUGUCUGUGAUGUAUUUUAUUUUAUUGACAACGAUUUCUAUAUCAUAAUCCGAGCCUAACGAUAACUCGGAAACUAGUAUUAAGAAAAGCUGCGUGAAAGUUCGAGAAAACGCACGUAGAAGAAAUGUAUUUUUUUUUUGGUUGUCUGUGAUGUAUUUUAUUUUAUUGACAACGAUUUCUAUUUCAUAAUCCGAACCUAAAGAUAAUAUGUAAUAGUCUGUAUUUUGAGAAUCUGCAUUCAUUAUAUAUAUGUAAUGUAUUUGUCAACUUAAAGGAACGAAAAGAAAAAUGUAUACGCGUUGCGUACAAAAGUGCCAUUAAGAUUGCAGAGAUUACAUGAAAGAACAUAUUUGAAAAUAAAUCAUAAAAGGAACAUGUA